AUGGCUGCUCCGCAAGAAACUCCAAUUGCACCUCGCAUGGCCUUCAUUUCAACCACUGACGACCUCGCUGACAUGCUUGGAACCCUUGCAGACCUACCCACAUCACCGCCGAGUCUGUACAUCGAUCUCGAAGGGAACAGCCUCAGUCGAGCUGGAACACUCUCGCUACUCACGCUCUACCUUACCAACUCAAAUCUAGACAUCGAAGCAGCACAGUCUGCACCCGCAGGUUUGGGCACUGCGGCAGCACCGGUCACGCUCAAGACCAUCCUCGAGUCACCGACCAUCCCCAAAGUCUUUUUCGACGUAAGAAACGACUCGGAUGCCCUAUUCGCCCACUACAAGGUCGCUCUCUCCUGCAUCCACGACCUGCAAGUCAUGGAGCUCGCCACCCGCCCCAUGACAACGGGAAACUCGCGUCAAUUUCUCUGCAGCCUCUCCACCUGCAUCCGAGACAACGCCCCACUGUCCUCCACCGACCUCGCCGCCUGGACAGCCAUAAAAGAGGCGGGAAACGCACUGUUCGACCCAAAGAAGGGCGGCAGCUACUCAGUCUUCGAAACUCGCCCGUUGAGGACAGAGGUACAAGACUACUGCGUUCAGGAUGUUGUGUAUAUGCCGCUUCUGUGGGAUAUUUUUGAGCAUAGGAUACAAAAAGAUCGUAUGGAUGAAGCAGAGCUGGCACAGAUGGCAGAAGAAUACGAGAAAGACAAGAAGAAGAUGGGCUUCUGGGAGACCAUGGUGAAAGAGGCGGUGGUGCUUCGGAUUAGUGUUACUUGGGAAACUUGGUAUCGCCCCAAUGGAGUACACAAGAGGAAGGGAUGUUGGACUUGGGGACAGAUUCGAGAGGCGAGGCGGAGGUGGGCUUUGGGCUUCAGGCACGGACUUUGUGAUUAG